CAAACUUCUCCCCCAUUUCAAACUUUCUUCCCACUCGCAAAAGCCAAAAGCUAUCUCUCUCUCUCUCUUUAUGCAUCGACUGUCGGUACUGUCCCCCUUCCACUCUCUCUCUUCUCUCUCUCUCUCUAGAACCCUCAACCACCGCACGGCGACCGAGAGGCGACGGAGAUAAGCCUUGGGAUGGAGAACGAGGAGGCGGCCGGGAAGCCGAACGGAGGGGGAGACGGCCCCCAGCGGCGGCGGCGGCGGCGGGGGCGGCGGCGGGGGCGGAGGGGGCAGGUACGUGCAGUACAACGUCCUCGGGAACCUCUUCCAGGUGCCCUCCAAGUACGUCCCUCCGAUUCAGCCCGUCGGCCGCGGCGCGUACGGCAUCGUCUGCUGCGCGACGAAUGCGGAGACGAAGGAAGAAGUCGCGAUCAAGAAGAUUGGGAACGCAUUCGAUAAUCGGAUUGAUGCCAAGAGGACGCUCCGGGAGAUUAAGCUCCUCUGCCACAUGGACCACGACAAUGUAAUCAAGAUCAAAGACAUUAUCAAGCCCCAAGACAAAGAAAACUUUAAUGAUGUUUAUAUUGUGUACGAGCUAAUGGAUACCGAUCUGCAUCAAAUCAUCAGGUCAAAUCAGGCCUUGACAGAUGAUCACUGUCAGUAUUUCCUCUAUCAGUUGCUGCGGGGACUGAAGUACGUGCACUCUGCAAAUGUUCUGCACCGUGAUUUGAAACCGAGCAACCUGCUUCUUAAUGCAAAUUGUGAUCUCAAGAUCUGCGAUUUUGGCCUUGCAAGAACCACAUCAGAGACUGAUUUCAUGACUGAAUACGUGGUAACUAGAUGGUACAGAGCUCCUGAAUUGCUGCUUAACUGCUCGGAGUAUACUGCAGCGAUUGAUGUUUGGUCUGUGGGUUGCAUUCUUAUGGAAAUCGUUACGAGGGAAACACUUUUUCCUGGCAAAGAUUAUGUUCAACAGUUGGGGCUUAUUACUGAGCUUUUAGGAUCCCCAGAUGAUUCAGAUCUUGGAUUUCUGAGGAGUGAUAAUGCUCGCAAGUACGUGAAGCAACUUCCGCACAUCUCAAAGAGGUCUUUUUCCCAGAAGUUCCCGAAUGUUUCCCCCUUGGCUAUUGAUCUUGCAGAGAAAAUGCUGGUAUUCGAUCCAAGCAAGCGGAUAACAGUCGAGGAAGCUCUGAACCAUCCAUACCUCUCGAGCCUCCAUGAGAUCAACGAAGAGCCCAUUUGCUCUUCCCCUUUCGUCUUUGAUUUCGAACACGCAUCCUUGAACGAGGAAGACGUGAAGGAGCUUAUAUGGAUGGAGUCUUUGAAUUUCAACCCGGACGAGAAGUCGGGAUGAUCGGUGCACUUACACGUCCCCAUCUUUUCAUUGGAGAUUUUUUAAUAGGAGGGGUUGGCGCAGAGUAUAUGUAUAUCUGUAUGCGAUGAGAUUUAGCGUGCGAGAGUAAAUAGAGAUUCGGUUUGUCUUCCAUUGGUGGUUUUGGCAUGAUGGCUUGCUCACGAAAUCACGGUACGGAAGCAGCAAUCGACCGAGUCGAGAGGAAAUUGUUAUGCAGGACGGGGCAUUUUCCUUGCUGCCGCGGGGCUUGAGAACCGAUGUUGUUUGCAUUUGUGAUUGUUGUUGUAAGACUGGGUAAAUGAAGAGAGAGUUGUUGGGUGUAAACAGGGAUUGUGUUUCUCGGGAGGGAAGAAGGCCUUCUCUCUAAUUGAUAUGUUUCUAGAAGUAUACUGUAGAAAUUCAUGUUACAUGAGGCCUGUGUCAUGUGGCGUGGAUUAAGAGUUUCAUUAUAAUAAAGAAUUUUACUUAUAGUUGGAUUUGA